AGCCAUCUCUUCUCCAUGUGCAUAAUCUUGGAGAUUUAUCUUCCCCGACACCCGCAAGAAUUUCGUUAUGUACUCUCUAAUGGAAUCUUUUUUUGCAGAUUCAAAUAUUGAUCAUCAUACAAUGUUUUAUCAGAGAAAGCUUGGACGGUACACCAGAACAAAGAAAAAGCUUCGACGUGCCAGUUUCUCCAUCUUCUCCACAAUCACUUUCUUUGCCUGUAUAAUUUUGUGUGUCCACAAGUACCAAACAACGAGCCAUGAUUAUUAUUUCCUACGUUGUUCUUUAAUAGAUUUGCAGAAUCCCAUACCCACAAAAGGAACAGUGACAACACUUUCGCGCUCAAUCUUUCUUACUUCUUCAAAUAUUCCCACGCAACAAGUCGAUGAGGAUGAUCAGAAGGCUCCAGAACCGCCAUUGAACCUCGCAACAAAAUACCAAAGGAUCAACUGGUUUCGAAAGAACCUUCACGAGUUCAAGAUUUUCAAAUCCAACAACCUCACUCGUCAGUUUCACACCAGAGUUGUGGGGUUCUUAAGCAAUGAAGAAUGUGAAGCUCGGUUUUUCAUGACCUGGAUAUCCCCAGCGAGGUUGUUUGGGAGCAGGGAAUUGUUAUCCUUGGAAACCCUUUUCAAGUUUCAUCCUCAGGUGUGUUUGAUCAUCGUUUCGAUAACUUUGAAUUCCAAACAAGGGAAUAAGAUUCUAAGGCCACUGAUUCAUCGGGGGUUCAAAGUUCAAGCUGUGACACCAGAUUUGCCGAGUCUGUUUCGCAAGACUCCAGCAAAAGCAUGGCUUCAUGAUCUGAGAAAAGGGAAGAAGGACCCUGGUAAGAUUCCUCUGUCACAAAAUCUAUCGAAUCUCAUAAGACUAGUGAUUCUGUACAAGUAUGGAGGAAUCUACUUAGACACAGAUUUCAUAGUUCUAAAACCCUUUCAUAGGCUAAGAAAUUCCAUUGCUGCCCAAAGCAUGGACCAGGUUUCCAAGAACUGGACAAGAUUGAAUAAUGCAGUUCUUGUGUUUGACAAGAAUCACCCUCUCGUGUUUCGGUUCAUUGAAGAAUUUGAAAGAAGUUUUGAUGGGAACAAGUGGGGGUAUAAUGGUCCUUACAUGGUUUCUAGGGUGGUGGAGAGGGUGAGGGAAGAGGGUGGGUUGGAUUUCAGAGUUUUGCCUCCGACGUCGUUUUAUCCGGUGGAUUGGAAGCAGGUUGAACAAUUGUUUAAGAAGCCAAGGAAUGAGGAGGAAGAAAGAUGGAUUGAAGCAAAAUUGGAUGAACUGAAAAGUGGAGAGACUUAUGGAAUUCACUUGUGGAACAAGCAAAGUAAGAAUUUGACAAUUGAAGAAGGAAGCCUCCUCAAAUUGCUAAUAUCUUAUCACUUUUCUUGA